GCGCACGCAUUUUUUUUAACUCCAUAACUCCCUUCAGCUCUCACAGCUUCCUUCAACUUCAUUCCUCUCAUUCAACUCGUCAUCAGCAUCCGCAUCGACAUCAUGCCUCGCGCGAAACCAUUUAGUGGCGCCUUGAAAAAGAAGCAAUUACAGGAGCGACGAGCCCGACACAGUGCCAAACUCCAGGAACAGCAACAACAGACUGAGCGUACGAGAGACCCUGUCCAACAUGAAAUUGGGAGCAACAACACCUCAGGCAUUGAGCCGUACAGCGGACGGUUCGUGAAGAGUUUUUCGAAAGAGUACAAGCCAGAGUCAUCCGGUGGUGCGAGGAUCUCGGUCCGAGAGAAUUCGAAUCAUCCCGCAGGAACCAGAUUACGAUCGGUUUUUAUGAGGCGAUCUCAAGCGGAUAUCGAGAUCUCUCGCAGAGCGAGCAUGCAACCUCUUGAGCUGCUACCAGAGUCCGCACUAGAAGUGUCAUUUGAAGCGAUGUUUCCAGAGGUGAUCGGGUUUCCGAAACGGCCCAAAUGGGAUUACUCGAUGAGUCGCGAGGAGCUGGAAAAGAACGAGACGCGGAUGUUUGAGGCGUGGAUGGACUCUAUCUACAACCGAUACCCAGCGGACGAACUGAGUUACUUUGAGCAUAAUCUGGAAGUGUGGCGCCAGCUGUGGAGAGUUCUGGAGAUUUCGGACAUUAUUAUGAUCAUUGUGGAUAUCAGGCAUCCGGUCAUCCACUUCCCACCUUCCCUCUAUCAAUAUGUGGUCAACGAUAUGAAACGCAAGCUUGUUGUUGUAUUCAAUAAGGUUGACUUAGUGGCACCCAACACGCUCUUCGCAUGGAAACAAUACUUCAAGGAAGAAUUCCCAGAACUUCAUAUUGCAUCCUUCAGCUGCUACCCUCCUGAUCCAACGCUGAUCAAUGACUCUAGUACAGCUGCGCUUCAGCGCGUGGUAAAACGACCAAGGCGUCGUUUCUAUAACGCUGUGGGAGUCAAGGAUGUCUUGGUGGCAUGCAAGGACGUUGAGCUCUCAAAGAAUGGAGAUCAAGUGGAUUGGGAUGGCCUCAUCGCACAGCAUGAUGCAGAAAAAGAAGCCGAGUUUCAAGAGAGCGAAGGAGAGAGUGAUCAGGAGCACGGCAGGGAGCAGGAUCAGGACGAGAGCCAAAAGAACUUGCUUGAGAAAGAUAGCGACCAGCGACUAGCCACGACUUUACAGACGGUCAACAUUGAGGACGACGAGCACAUACCUCACAAGGACUACGUGACAAUAGGCUUAGUGGGACAUCCAAAUGUCGGAAAGAGUUCUUUGAUUAACAGCAUUAUGGGCCGGACAGUGGUUAGCACUAGUAGAACACCUGGACACACAAAACACUUUCAGACGAUCCAUCUGACCCACAACGUCCGACUCUGCGACUCACCAGGACUUGUGUUUCCCAGUUUGCUGCCUAAACCACUGCAGAUCUUGUCUGGAAUGUAUCCGAUCGCUCAGGUGCAGGAGCCCUAUUCUGUCGUGCAGUAUUUGGCGAUGCGCGUUAAUAUCCCUAGGCUUUUGAAACUUGACCCGCCGCCAAGCUACGAACGUGGACCCUUCCGCUGGUCGGCCUUUGGCAUUUGUGAAUCAUUCGCGCUUCAGAGAGGCUAUUUAACGGCCAAGGCGGGUCAUCCUGACGUGUAUCGAGCUGCAAAUGCUAUCCUUCGGUUAGCGAACGACGGUCGGAUCCUGUUGUCCUUCAAACCACCAGGAUAUUUCACCAGCAGCAAGUACGAAAAGUUGAGGAUUGCAGCAGCCGACGAGUUGGGAAUCUCUGAGGAUGAUCAGGAGAAUGGAAACAAGCAACAUGCAGCUGUGAGGAUGAAAAAUGCAAGAGAAAAUGAAGAUCAGAGUGAUGAGGAUGGACUGGAUUCUGAUGCUCAAGGUAGCGGCGAGGAAUCCGCUGGGGGAGAAGGCACGCCUGACCUCAAGAAGGGGUCCAAGUUCCAGAUGAAGACGCGUGUCGGAGGAUUUUUUGGCUUGCUUCAAGAAGACGAAGACGAAGAAGACGAAGACGAAGAAGACGAAGACGAAGAUGGUGAUGAUGGUGAUGAUGAUGAGGAGGAUGAGGAGGACGAAGACGAGGCGCAGGAAGAGGAAGCGGACAAAAAGAAAUAAGAGCGUCAUGAUCCCAUGCUCCAUGCUUCAAUGUUGCGCAAAUAAACCAGCAAAAAAAAAAAAAAGAGACAGGUUGCUUUCUGAUCCUUGAGAUGUUCAAUUGGAAGCAUUGCAUCUGGUACAUACACGAUUUUUAUU